AAUAAAUGUGUAGCUAUUGGCAGCAUUUUAUUACUGUUUUUUCUGCUUGAACCCUCAAAAUGUAGCCUACCCCCUGAUAUGGGUGUUAUUAAUCGUUAUGAAGGCACCAGUUUGUCGUCGAGCGACGUAGUAGUGAGAUUAUGCUCGGGAAUAGAGAGAUGCAGAUAGGUCCAUCUAAAACGCUGUUGAUUCAUUGUGGAAAAUAAUGCAGGCGAACAAGAUUAAGCGAUCUUGUCGCUGGAUUAUUUAUGAAAUGACCUCGCGUCUUUAUUUGUACAUUAAUCCCGUCUUCGUUUCUGCCUACCUGUUAAAUAUGAUCUGAGCUGCGCCCCGCUCUCUAUUGUUUUUCAUGCCCAGCCCUUUCUUCCUCUUCUUUUUGAAUAUAUUGUGAUCGUGGUAUUCAUGUGCACGCGAGGAAUCUGCAUUGGUUUAGGAAGGAUCAUCGCAAUGACGACUUUAAGUCGAUCAAUGCAGUGACUUAUACAUUAGUAAGCCGUGCUGUUAUCAGAAAAUUGAUAAUGCAUCUUGAUUAGAUGAAGGAGAAAAAAAAAAAGCCUGUUGAAAGACCAACUAAAACCAGCAUUAGAUGGUUGACUGGUUUUUAGAGGGGUUUUGGUCACUUUUUAACUGUUGAGGCUGGUAGACCAGCUAAGACCAGCCAGCUUGGGUUGGUUUUAGCUGAUUUUUAAUAUUUUUUUUCCAACAGGGAAUUUAUGUUUGUAGUAAAUUGGUGUAAUCAUUUUCGUGUGGCUCCAUAUUUUCCAAUUCAUAUUUUCUGUCUUUUAAUAGAGGUACUAAAGAGGUCAUUGGGGCAGGUGAUUUGAUCAAAUUAUUAGAUGAUAUGUAGCCAGUCCAGGAAAGCAGAGUGACCCACUAAAGUGAUAAGGGGAAUACCAGUCCUGUGGAGAUUAUUGAAGUCGUUGAGAUUUAGGGCUGAACUUAUAAUAUGGUUACACAAGCCACUCACAGACAAAUCAAACCAUUACAUUGGAGUGUAUUUGCCUCCUGCAGCUGACAGAAUUCAAUUUCUCAACGCUGUCAUGUGGUUCCAGGAAAACAGGGACCCGUGGUUUUCAUUUAAGCUUCAUUAGAAAAGAGUUUUCUUGGCACUUGCGUUAAGUAGACAUCUGCAAGUACAAACUUCUGAUCUGCACAGCCACCAGUAGAAUUUAGCUUCUCUCAGUAUGAUGAACUAAAGCUUCAGUGCUUAUUUAGCAAGCUAAAUCCCUCUUUAAUUUCACCUUUCUCAUUUCCCGUACACAUUUACUGUAGAUUCUCUGCAGGUGGAAUAGGGCAUUUAUAGAUUUAGACAUGCUUGAAUCACUUUGCUAGUUGAAAUCUGAACGGCACUGGUGAUUAAAUCAACUUUUGUUAAUCAUUCUGCAGCCUGCUGACAAUUUCUCUUUCAAUCGCUGCACUCCUCACAUUGUAUGUGUGGCAACAACAUGUCUGUACCUCUGCUCGCCGAAGCCGUGACUCUGUCUGGGACGGAAAAGGAGACAGCUGUGGUGAUCUUCCUUCAUGGCUUAGGUGACUCAGGACAUGGCUGGGCCGAUGCCAUGAUGUCUAUUCGACUGCCGUAUGUCAAAUACAUCUGCCCACACGCACCCAGAAUCCCUGUCACACUCAACAUGAAGAUGACCAUGCCCUCAUGGUUUGACCUUAUGGGUUUAAGCCCUGAAUCACCAGAGGAUGAAGCCGGGAUUAAGAGAGCAGCAGAGAACAUAAAGUCCAUCAUUGAUCAUGAAGUAAAGAAUGGGAUACCAUCCAAUCGUAUUAUUCUUGGUGGUUUCUCUCAGGGUGGAGCUCUCUCUCUCUACACUGCUUUGACCUGUCAACAGCAGUUAGCGGGUGUUGUUGGGCUUAGCUGUUGGCUUCCACUUCACAAAACCUUCCCACAGGCUGCAAGUGUGAGUGGAAAUAAGGGUACUCCCAUCCUGCAGUGUCACGGAGAAAUGGAUCCCAUGAUCCCGGUGCAGUUUGGGGCAAUGACAGCAGAGAAGCUCAAGACCAUUGUCUUUCCAGAGAACAUCACCUUCUGCACCUAUCCAGGUCUCAUGCAUAGCUCCUGUCCUCAGGAGAUGUCUGCUGUGAAGGAUUUCAUUGAAAAGCAGUUGCCCCGAAUCUGACCUCAUUUUAACUCACUGUGACCCUUAGACACUGACCUCUCACCUCUGGCCUGCCAUUCUCCCAAAAGAAACAGCCAUGGUCCCCUACAACACAAAAAUACACACAUGCACAUACACAUAAAUAUAUACAGUCAUGCAUGAACAUUCAGUUGUAAAUACUAUGAACAUGCAACACCUGCAUACAGUGUCAUCUCACACCUUUGUUUGUAAUUUCAUACAUCAAUGGACAUUCAUUAAAACUUAGAAGUGUUAGAAUUACAUGACAAUUUGGUCAUUGAACAUCUAACAUACAAUAAUAUUCCACCAAACUCUUAGGGUCUUUUCUUCAAGGGAGACUUGCUGACUUUUAUUAUACAUUCCUAAAAACAUUAAAGGGAUAGUUCACUCUAAAAUGAAAAUUCUGUCAGCAUUUACACACCCACAUGUUGUUGCAAAUUCACAUGACUUUGUUCCGUUGAACACAAAGAGAGAUGUUUAUCAGAAUGUUUGCGUCAGUCACCAUUUACUUUCAUUGAAUGGGAAAAAAAAGAUGAAAGUGAAUGGUGACUGAGGCUAUUUUUCUGCCUUACAUCUUUUAUUUUCCACAAUAGUCAUAAAGGUUUGGAACAACAAUAGGUUGAGUAAAUAAUGACAGAUUUUUUACAAUAAUUUUUUUAAUUGAACUAUUCUUUUAAAUCCUCUCUCUCUUUCUCUGUCUCUCAGUAAGCAAGGCAGUAUGGGUAACAUUGCAUUAGACAGCUCCAUUACACAGAACUCUGGAGAGUUCAGCUGCUUCAAGUCUGUGGUGUUGGAGGAAGUUAGUCAGAGCUGGUGCCGUUUGGAGUGACACACGUCACAGUGCUCUGUACGCUUGUCCCACAGUGUAUGCCCACGGUGGGGAUUCAUCGGGAUGCUGCAUUUCCUACUUGUGCUGAAAUAUCUUCUUUUUUUUAAACUAGAAUAAUGAGAAAAGCAAGCGAAAACCGCACAAAGAAACUAAGCAAAUUAAUCUUUCAAAUCUUCCAGUAUGUUUUGUUCUUCUAAAACAGUUGAUGAAUUAACAUCCAGAAUAAGAAUAUAAAAUUGUAGUUGGUAGAAUUUUUUAUUUGUGCCAUAUUUAUGAAAUCUUGUGCAAAGUUCUUUGUGUCUGUGUAUGAAUUUUAUUAAGUCUGAGAGUUUAUGGCUUUGUAACAUGCAAGUACUUAUUUUAGGGUAAGCAGCAUUGAUAACACUUUACAAUAAGGUUCCAUUCAUUAACAUUAGUUAAUGCAUUAGGUAUAAUGAACAAAGUAUUUUUUACAGCAUUCAUUAAUAUUUGGUAAUGUUUGGUAAUAAAAAUACAAUUGUUCAUUCUUUGUUAGUUAGUGCUAGUUCGUAGUGCAUUAGCUAAUGUUAACAUAUACAACUUUUGGUUUUAAAAAUGUAUUGCUAUAUGUUGACAUUAACAACCAAGAUUAAUAAAUGCUGUAGAAGUAUUGUUCAUAGUUCAUGUUAACUAACAUUUUUAACUAAUGGAACCUUAUUGUAAAGUGUUAUUGCAGCAUUAUAAGUUGGCUUUAGAUAAUUGUAAAAUAAUGCUAUGUGCUUGACAUCACUUAUUUGUAAUAAUCAAAGUGCAUCACUCCAGACGGUGCCAGUAAUAACUUGCUGUUGCUUUAAAUAGAAUCCCAAAUCCUCCCUAAUUCCCUGUUCACUUCAUAGCUACAUCAUCCUCCAUCCAUAUUACCAUACACUUUCAAGUGUUCUGGGGUCUCAGAUUGCAAAUGUAUAUACAUUUCAGGUUCCAUAUUAUUACAUAAAAGUAUUGUUUACUGACAUGACCUAUAACAACAAAUGGAAUGGUACGGUUAUACAGCAGUGCUAGUGGAAGAGGUGGUGGAUUGAGCCUGCUGAUAUUAAAGAAGCAUAAAGUAACCUUGAUUAGCUAUUGAAAUUGAAAAACAAGUUUGCAAAAAAUGGAUGCUAUGGUCUCUCUCACAGUUUGCUUGUCUACAUUUGAAAAUGUAGACACAUAAAAUGGUUUGUGUGAUAACUAAACCAGUUGUUUGCAAAGUAGUGAAUGUUGCUUUUUUUUAAUCUAACUAGUUGUUCUUCAGUAUAUUGGUUUAGUGUUACUUUAUCUUUUUAACACUGUUAGUGAGUCCAUUUGACUGACUUCCAUAUUUUCUUAAGCUAUGACCCCUCUUUUCUAGUUGGUAUUAUUCUUUAUAAUCAGUUAGCACAAUUUUUAGCUUUGGACAGGUUUCCUACAUGCCCUAUGGCUUGAAUGUUUAUUGUAUUAAUCAUGGGCAUGCCAGGCACAAGUCAGUCAAAAAGAAACUGGCAGUUUCUUUGGGUUUUGCAGUGAACUUAUCAGUCUGUUUAUGUCUACCUGAGUUGUAUUUUGUUGUUGGUUUUUUGUUUUAUUAUUUGUGCUCAUUUAAAUAAAACCAGUUAUGUUCUGUUGUUGUCUUUAUAUUUGAUAAAGUGUACUGAGGGACAAUUGGUUCUUCAGCAAUUUUCCCGAAAUACAUGUAUGUGAAAUAAAUGAUGCAAAUUACA